UUCCUCUUCUAUUCUGUCUUCUCCUUUUCCUCUUUUUUUUUUUCGAAAAUUUUAUCUUCUCUCUUCUCUUCCUCUUCUAUUUUGUCUUCUCCUUCUUGGGUGGUUGUGUCUGGUGGUCGUGUCUGGUGGUUGUGGCUGCUGGUUGUGGCUGCCGCUUUGGGGGUCGGCGGUUGUGGGGAGCAUGGGUGGGGUUGGUCACUUAAAAUUAGAACCGGGUGAAACAAACGUGAGAUAAAAUCUUAGCCAAGCCAGUCCAUGCCUCCACGGUGUAACAACCUUCAUCAGCUAAAUUAUUGUUUUUCAUUCUUUGAAUCUUGAAGAUGAACACCCAAGAGCUGGAACGGCAAUCCAGAGUUGAGAACCAGAGACCAGAUUCACCUAGAGAAACCAGCCUACAUUCUUCUCCCAACGGGCCAAAGCUUCCCAAUUACAGGUGGUGGCUUCGGGUGAUCAUCUACAUCCUCUUUCUUCUCACAGGCCAAUCUGCAGCCACCCUCUUGGGAAGACUAUACUAUGACAAAGGUGGCAAUAGCAAAUGGAUGGCAACGUUUGUUCAAUCAGCAGGCUUCCCAAUUCUUCUUCCUCUCCUCUGUUUUUUCCCAUCAUCAACCAAGUUAACCACAAACCCUGUUCACAGCACUACUUCCUCUGCAACCAAAAUACCGAAGCUCUCUACUCUUGCCUUGCUCUAUCUCGCGUUCGGUCUACUCUUGACCGGAGACAACAUGAUGUAUUCGUAUGGCCUUCUGUAUCUCCCAGUCUCCACUUACUCUUUACUAUGUGCAACUCAAUUGGCCUUCAAUGCAUUUUUCUCCUUCUUUCUUAAUUCCCAAAAGUUCACUCCUUUUAUACUCAACUCUUUAGUUCUCGUUACCAUGUCUGCAUCGCUUCUCGCAAUCAAUGCAGACUCCGAAAACAAUACCAAUAAUAUCCCCAAAGGAAAGUAUGUGACUGGUUUCCUAUGCACACUUGGUGCCUCUGCUACUUACUCAUUGUACCUUUCCCUGGUACAACUUUCGUUCCAGAAGGUUAUAAAAUCGGAAACAUUUUCGACUGUUUUGAACAUGCAAAUAUACCCAUCAUUUUUUGCAACAUGUGGUUGUGUAGUUGGACUUUUUGCAAGUGGGGAAUGGAAGGGUUUGGAAAGUGAGAUGCAGGAAUACAAGCAAGGAAGGGUCUCUUAUAUAAUGACUCUGUUUUGGACUGCUGUGACAUGGCAAAUUUCCUCUGUGGGUUUGUUGGGGUUGAUUUUUGAAGUGUCUUCUCUGUUCUCCAAUGUCAUCAGUACUUUGGCUCUGCCUCUUGUUCCCAUUCUUGCUGUAAUAUUUUUCCACGAUAAGAUGGACGGGGUGAAGGUGAUGGCGAUGUUGUUGGCCAUCUGGGGCUUUCUUUCCUAUAUCUAUCAGAAUUAUCGAGAUGUCUCAGAAUCGAAGGCAAAAGAAAGUAAUGACAAUUAAAUUUCAGGGACUGCUCUAUAGGUUUAUUGAUUUGAGAUUUCAAUGAGAAUUCAUAGUCAACUACACUUUGUUA